GACAGUUGCUUCGCAGACGACAGCAUCAGCAGCAGCUGCUCCUGUAGUCAUAGAAGAAAACUGGGUUCAGUGUGAUCGUUGUAACAAGUGGCGACUUUUGCCUUUUGAUGCUAGACCUGAGCAACUCCCUGAGAAGUGGUUGUGUAGCAUGCUUAACUGGCUGCCGGGAAUGAACCAGUGUGACAUUGGUGAGGAUGACACGACAAAAGCUCUCAAUGCAUUGUACCAGAUUCCAAUUGCUGAGAAUCAAAAUAACUCACAAAAUCAUGCAAUGGAACCAUGUCGGCCCAUCUUCAACAUCUUGAUCAGAAAAACUCUAGUUUCAUUUCUCAUGUAUUAUCAAUUCAAGGCAAGAACCAUGACCCGAAGGAAGUGCGCAAAGCAGGUAACAGUGGCCUGAGUCUGAUGCCAAACUCUAAAAAGAACCAGCAGCAGGAAUCUCUGAAAAGUAGGAGCUUAAAGAACAUGACCCAGGUUCCUACUGAAUCAAAUCUCGCAAAGAAAUCCAUCUAUCAUCAAAAUGAAAAGAAUCCAGUUGCAGGAGUGACCAAGCAAGCAAAGAUGAAAAACAAGAGAGACUCUGAUCUGUAUGUGAAUGAGGAUUCAAAGAAAGCCAAAACAGAAGUUGUAUGCACUACUUAUAAACAUCAGAUUUGUAACUUGGAUAUCAGAAUGGUGGGCCUUAAUACAAGCACUGGCUUGCCAACUCAAGUAAAUGGAAGAAGUCUGCAGAACCAUAACAAGUGCUCUAAUUCUGGGGAUGUAAAGCAUGAUUUGAAAGAAAGAUCCGUAGUUUCUGUUAAGAAAGUUGUGGGUCAAAUUCAGGCCUCAUCAUCAGAUGGUAUGCCAUUAGAUAUGAAAAGAAGAGAUAAGAUGGUUUUUAUGAAGAAAAGGAAAUUGGAGGACCGAGAGGACAGUCAAAACAGUCGCAAGUUAUAUAUGAAGGAAGAAAGUAGUGAGAGUGGAUUUAGGUAUGAAAAGAAACCACGAGUUUCAAAGAUUGAGAGGAAACAGUCCCUUAGAAAUGAUGGCGAUGACACAUUAAACAAGAAAAGCAUGGAUCAUUUGGUUGGAGGCACUGAAGAAGUCAGAAGUAUUGAUAAGAACCAGCAACUUAGAAAACACAAGAACAAGUCCUCUUCUCACAAAAGUUUGGAUGGCCUUGAUUCAUUGAGAAGGGAUUCUGACGCUGGACAAAUUUUGAAGGCAGCAAUGUCUAGCUCUUCAAAGGUUUCUGGUUCUCAUAAAACGAGAUUUAACUUUGAAGAAGCAAGGGGUUCACCAGUAGAGUCAGUUUCUUCAUCUCCCAUGAGGACCUCAUAUCCAGAAAAGUUUGCAUCAAGUAAAGGGGAGCCUUCAGGGAAGGAUGCUGUUGCAAAUACUGGCAUUCCCCCUAGUGGCAAUUCUGGAAGAUUUUGGGAUGGAGAAGGUACUGUUGAGCUUAUUCAAUCUGUUCCAGAAAAGAAACAGAAAGUUUCAGGUGAUUUUAAGCCUAAAUCACAUAAAUCUUCUACCCUGGAUAUAGGUUCUAUUUGCAAAAUCAGCAUUAAAACUAAACUUUCUUCUAGAAUGGGGAAUAGCCAUUUGUGCAAUGGUGAUACUCGUUUUGCAGAGAAUGGGCAGCAUGCUCUAGAACGGCCCCAUGGUGAGGAUAGAGUGAACAAGGAGGUCCAUGUCAAUGCGUUUUCUCAGAAAUGUGAUAAGGGUUCACAGACAAAGAACAGUGAAAGAAGUUCUGUUGCGGAUAAGAUGAAGGUUAAUGAUCUUGCAGAUCAACAGGAAGAUUUGUGUUCUAGAAAGAACAUGAAGUAUCAGUCAGAUAUCAGCCACAAGGGUCAUGGAUGUCUUCAAGAAACAGCUGCUGAUUGCAAACUCAAUUUUCCAGAACCUAGAUAGGGUGAGAAGAACAAUGUUGAAAGGAGGGACCCUUCAGGAUAUUGGUCAAGUGGCAGUAGAAAGGAAGCCCGAUCAAAUAAACAGCAUGAUGCUGAUGCAAAAUCUU